AUACAGUUGUAUCAUCCCUAACUCCGAUUGCAAAACCGACAACUCGCAACUCGCUUGUUAAAUUUUCGCAUUGAAAAAAGUGCUUUAAUUAGUAAAAGUGUUUUGAAAAUUGUGCGAAAAUUAAGCAAAAUGAGCAGCUCCGAGGAAGUCUCCUGGGUUACCUGGUUCUGUGGACUUCGCGGCAAUGAGUUCUUCUGCGAGGUCGAUGAGGAUUAUAUACAGGACAAGUUCAAUUUAACUGGUUUAAAUGAGCAGGUGCCCAACUAUCGUCAGGCCUUGGACAUGAUUUUGGAUCUGGAACCGGAGGAUGAACUUGAAGAUAAUCCAUUGCAAUCGGAUAUGACCGAACAAGCAGCUGAAAUGUUAUAUGGGCUCAUACACGCUAGAUAUAUAUUAACAAAUCGUGGCAUCGCUCAAAUGAUUGAGAAAUAUCAAACUGGCGAUUUUGGACAUUGCCCACGUGUCUAUUGUGAGAGUCAGCCCAUGCUACCUUUGGGACUGUCGGAUAUACCCGGCGAGGCAAUGGUGAAAACCUAUUGUCCCAAGUGCAUUGAUGUUUAUACACCGAAAUCGUCGCGUCAUCAUCACACUGAUGGCGCCUAUUUCGGCACUGGUUUUCCACACAUGCUCUUCAUGGUGCAUCCCGAGUAUCGCCCAAAGCGUCCUACUAAUCAAUUUGUUCCACGUCUGUACGGCUUUAAAAUUCACAGCUUAGCUUAUCAAAUUCAGCUGCAGGCAGCAGCCAAUUUCAAAAUGCCACUACGAGCGCAGCGCGGUCAGCCGCCAAAGGACGAAGAGCCUGAAAACAAUGCCAUCGAUACGAUUCCAAAGCGCAUCUAAAAGUGCAGCACUGCAGCGGCCGUUACAAAAAAAAAAAUCCUACACAAACACAUACACAGCUACAGAUACACUAAUACACACACAUAUACAUAUAUAUAGACACAAGCAGAAACAACAGCCAUAACAACGCCGUUGAGGAAUGUCAUCCCCGCCCCGCCCCCCCUAAAAAAGGACCAACUAUACAAUCCGAGGCUUGUGCGAAAAACUGAAGUUUCGACGUCAAAAAAGCAGCUACAACACACACACACUCGCACCAGAGACUGGGACACACACAACAAACACACACUGACAAACGACUUAAAGAAGCAAAUGAAAACUCAGCUUUGGCAGCCCUGGGAGGUGCACGCAUCGGGCGCAUACGAUUCAAUUUUAUUCUUUGCAUUUUAUUUACUAAGUGAGCGGCUAAAUUCUAGCAUAGAUUUAAAUAUUUAGUCAAGUGCCCAAUUGAUCCCAUCUACCUACCACCUGUACACACAUACACACACACAAGCAGUCCCCUAUUAGCAGAGCGAAAUGACAGAUUAAUUAGCAAUUGAGACGUUAGGCCCGUUUACUCAUGUUUGUGUCGUUAAGUUAACAGUUUGAUGCGCUUGUUAAAUGAUCUUCGCGUUAAAUGUGAAUGACAGGAGAGUUGCCAGCUUGCUAUGCGAUGCGCGACAAAUUGAUGUGAUUGAUCGAUAAAUCUAUUAAGCAUUUCAAUAAUUUAUCGAGUGGCCUUGCCGCGAGGUGCUGCCAGCCCGGCAACGUGGCGUUGCCACCAAACUUUUUCAUUUAAUUUCAAAACUUGUUAGCUUGAGCAGAAUCAUUAGAAAAUGUGCCUAAAAGGGAACCGCAGAGCCAGAACCGUUACAGUAACAACCCAACAGCAGCAACAACAACAACUAAGUGAGCCGAACUGUCGAAAAGUCGAAGUCGUUUCGCAUUUCGAUAUCUGAGAGUGCAUACGUAUAUAAGUAUAUAGAGAAAUACAUAUGUACACAAUAAAAACAAAAA